AUGUUCAAUGAUCCAGUGGCUAUGUUCUUCUUCUACUUGGCGGCCAAUUUCUUCGUGUCGCAACAAUGGCUGGUUGGAUGUCUGCUGUAUAGUUUUGCUGUCUCUAUCAAAAUGAACGUUCUUCUUUUUGCUCCGUCGCUAUUUUUCAUCUUACUUUUGAAUGUUGGUAUUUGGCGGACUAUUGUAAACCUUACUUGCUGUGCCAUCGUACAGGCCUAUGUCGGUCUUCCUUUCCUCAUGUCUGAUCCCAUCGCAUACAUUCGCCGAUCGUUCGAUCUAGGUCGCGUUUUUCUGUUCAAAUGGACUGUGAAUUGGCGUUUUCUUCCGGAAGAGGUCUUCCUUUCGCAUCGAUUGCACCUUACGUUGCUUUCUUUUCAUUUGGUAGUGCUCAUCAUUUUUGGAUAUCAUAUGUGGUUUAGGUCUCAUGGGGGUCUGCGAGCAUCUCUCAUUGAGCUCUCACAUGGAAUCAGGACACGAACAGGUGUUGCUGAAACACUCUUUGCGUUAUUCUCAGCGAAUUUGAUUGGUAUAACCUUUGCACGUUCACUCCACUACCAGUUUUACAGUUGGUAUUAUCACCAACUGCCAUUUCUUCUAUUUUGGAAUCCAAAUGAGUCUGUGAACAAACAACUACCGUGUGUGCCCUGGUUGUCAAUCAUAAUAAAGUGAGC